CUCUCCCAUUUGGGGUCGCCUCGGCUCUGGGGCGGUCUCACGCCCCCCCCCCAGCCCCUUGCGUUCCCCCUCCUUUUCUCUGCUCUCCGCUCCACCCCGCUACGUCCGAUUCCGGAACGGUCCGGCGUUUCUGCUGCUGGAGAUGACCGCGGGGUGGGCCGGGUGGCCCGGCCGGCGUGAGCGCGCACGCUGGUGGCUGCAGGCGCGGGCCGUGUCUAAGGAGCUAGACGUCAGCUUGGAGCGGCGCCGGACCGUGGAUGGCCUUGACUGACGGCGGCUGGUGCUUGCCGAAGCGCUUCGGGGCCGCGGGUGCGGACGCCAGCGACUCCAGAGCCUUUCCAGCGCGGGAGCCCUCCACGCCGCCUUCCCCCAUCUCUUCCUCGUCCUCCUCCUGCUCCCGGGGCGGAGAGCGGGGCCCCGGCGGCGCCAGCAACUGCGGGACGCCUCAGCUCGACACGGAGGCGGCGGCCGGACUCCCGGCCCGCUCGCUGCUGCUCAGUUCCUACGCUUCGCAUCCCUUCGGGGCUCCCCACGGACCUUCGGCGCCUGGGGUCGCGGGCCCCGGGGGCAACCUGUCGAGCUGGGAGGACUUGCUGCUGUUCACUGACCUCGACCAAGCCGCGACCGCCAGCAAGCUGCUGUGGUCCAGCCGCGGCGCCAAGCUGAGCCCCUUCGCACCCGAGCAGCCGGAGGAGAUGUACCAGACCCUCGCCGCUCUCUCCAGCCAGGGUCCGGCCGCCUACGACGGCGCGCCCGGCGGCUUCGUGCACUCUGCGGCCGCGGCGGCAGCAGCCGCGGCGGCGGCCAGCUCCCCGGUCUAUGUGCCCACCACCCGCGUGGGUUCCAUGCUGCCCGGCCUACCGUACCACCUGCAGGGGUCGGGCAGUGGGCCAGCCAACCACGCGGGCGGCGCGGGCGCGCACCCCGGCUGGCCUCAGGCCUCGGCCGACAGCCCUCCAUACGGCGGCGGAGGCGGCGCGGCUGGCGGCGGGGCCGCGGGGCCUGGCGGCGCUGGCUCGGCCGCGGCGCACGUCUCGGCGCGCUUCCCCUACUCUCCCAGCCCGCCCAUGGCCAACGGCGCCGCGCGGGAGCCGGGAGGCUACGCGGCGGCGGGCAGUGGGGGCGCGGGAGGCGUGAGCGGCGGCGGCAGUAGCCUGGCGGCCAUGGGCGGCCGCGAGCCCCAGUACAGCUCGCUGUCGGCCGCGCGGCCGCUGAACGGGACGUACCACCACCACCACCACCACCACCACCAUCCGAGCCCCUACUCGCCCUACGUGGGGGCGCCACUGACGCCUGCCUGGCCGGCCGGACCCUUCGAGACCCCGGUGCUGCACAGCCUGCAGAGCCGCGCCGGAGCCCCGCUCCCGGUGCCCCGGGGCCCCAGUGCAGACCUGCUGGAGGACCUGUCCGAGAGCCGCGAGUGCGUGAACUGCGGCUCCAUCCAGACGCCGCUGUGGCGGCGGGACGGCACCGGCCACUACCUGUGCAACGCCUGCGGGCUCUACAGCAAGAUGAACGGCCUCAGCCGGCCCCUCAUCAAGCCGCAGAAGCGCGUGCCUUCAUCACGGCGGCUUGGAUUGUCCUGUGCCAACUGUCACACCACAACUACCACCUUAUGGCGCAGAAACGCCGAGGGUGAACCCGUGUGCAAUGCUUGUGGACUCUACAUGAAACUCCAUGGGGUGCCCAGACCACUUGCUAUGAAAAAAGAGGGAAUUCAAACCAGGAAACGAAAACCUAAGAACAUAAAUAAAUCAAAGACUUGCUCUGGUAAUAGCAGUAAUUCCAUUCCCAUGACUCCAACUUCCACCUCUUCUAACUCAGAUGAUUGCAGCAAAAAUACUUCCCCCACAACACAACCUACAGCCUCAGGGGCGGGUGCCCCGGUGAUGACUGGUGCGGGAGAGAGCACCAAUCCCGAGAACAGCGAGCUCAAGUAUUCGGGUCAAGAUGGGCUCUACAUAGGCGUCAGUCUGGCCUCGCCGGCCGAAGUCACGUCCUCCGUGCGACAGGAUUCCUGGUGCGCCCUGGCCCUGGCCUGAGCCCACGCCGCCAGGAGGCAGGGAGGGCUCCGCCGCGGGCCUCACUCCACUCGUGUCUGCUUUUGUGCAGCAGUCCAGACAGUGGCGACUGCGCUGACAGAACGUGAUUCUCGUGCCUUUAUUUUGAAAGAGAUGUUUUUCCCAAGAGGCUUGCUGAAAGAGUGAGAGAAGAUGGAAGGGAAGGGCCAGUGCAACUGGGCGCUUGGGCCACUCCAGCCAGCCCGCCUCCAGGGCGGACCCUGCUCCACUUCCAGAAGCCAGGACUAGGACCCGGGCCUUGCCUGCUAAGGAAUAUUGAGAGAGAUUUUUUAAAAAAGAUUUUGCAUUUUGUCCAAAAUCAUGUGCUUCUUCUGAUCAAUUUUGGUUGUUCCAGAAUUUCUUCAUACCUUUUCCACAUCCAGAUUUCAUGUGCGUUCAUGGAGAAGAUCACUUGAGGCCAUUUGGUACACAUCUCUGGAGGCUGAGUCGGUUCAUGAGGUCUCUUAUCAAAAAUAUUACUCAGUUUGCAAGACUGCAUUGUAACUUUAACAUACACUGUGACUGACGUUUCUCAAAGUUCAUAUUGUGUGGCUGAUCUGAAGUCAGUCAGAAUUUGUAAACAGGGUAGCAAACAAGAUAUUUUUCUUCCAUGUAUACAAUAAUUUUUUUAAAAAGUGCAAUUUGCGUUGCAGCAAUCAGUGUUAAAUCAUUUGCAUAAGAUUUAACAGCAUUUUUUAUAAUGAAUGUAAACAUUUUAACUUAAUGGUACUUAAAAUAAUUUAAAAGAAAAAUGUUAACUUAGACAUUCUUAUGCUUCUUUUACAACUACAUCCCAUUUUAUAUUUCCAAUUGUUAAAGAAAAAUAUUUCAAGAACAAAUCUUCUCUCAGGAAAAUUGACUUUCUCUAUUUGUUAAGAAUUUUUAUACAAGAACACCAAUAUACCCCCUUUAUUUUACUGUGGAAUAUGUGCUGGAAAAAUUGCAACAACACUUUACUACCUAACGGAUAGCAUUUGUAAAUACUCUAGGUAUCUGUAAACACUCUGAUGAAGUCUGUAUAGUGUGACUAACCCACAGGCAGGUUGGUUUACAUUAAUUUUUUUUUGAAUGGGAUGUCCUAUGGAAACCUAUUUCACCAGAGUUUUAAAAAUAAAAAGGGUAUUGUUUUGUCUUCUGUACAGUGAGUUCCUUCCCUUUUCAAAGCUUUCUUUUUAUGCUGUAUGUGACUAUAGAUAUUCAUAUAAAACAAGUGCACGUAAA